GUGAAGAGAAAGGGGAGAAGGACGGACGCUCCGCGGUGCAACCGUCUCCGCCCCCUUUCGUGCAGCCAAUCACAGGCAGGACGACGGGCGCGCGCACGCUCCCUCGAGUUUAACGGUCGCGAGAGGCCGCUCGCCUGACGCUGACAUCCACUGUGGGAGCCCCGGCCAGACUCUCUUGGGAGCUUAGGAUAUUUCCCAGUUCUGAAUGUUAGCCACUGAAAAUGCCUGUAGACGAUGAAGCAUCUGAAGAUGACUCGGAUUCAGUUUCUUCAAACAUUGAAAGAACCUACAUUUUCAAAUAAGAGAGUGUAACGAUUUCUAUACACUAUGGAAGAUUUUGAUUUGGUGAAACCCUUACGGAAAACUUCAUCUUCUGUAGAAUCUGAUAUAAAAAAUUCUCCCCAUUCUUUUGGACUGAACUUAAAUAUUAAUAGAAGUAGUCCCCACCUUAGUACAAAUGGGGUAUCCUCUUUCUCAGGGAAGACCAGACCAUCUGUAAUUCAAGGUACAGUUGAAGUCCUAACCUCUUUAAUGCAAGAGCUACAAAACAGUGGAAGGACUGAUUCGGAACUUUGGAAAAACUGUGAGACCAGGUGGUUACAACUAUUCAGUUUGGUGGAAAAACAAUGCCAAGAGCAAAUAGCCGCUCAGCAGGAGCAGUUCCACAACCAAAUUCAACGUAUACAGGAGGAGAUAAAAAAUUUAGUCAAGUUACAGACCAGUAAUGCUUCCUGGGCUUCCUAUGAUACUUCUUUAAGUAAACAGUUAUCUUCAGGAAGUCAAAUGGGUUUUUUUUCUGAAAACAGUGAGAGAAAUGAACCUAUUAUCAGUUAUCCUAAGUCUGAAGAACCCGAAAUGCAGCAAGAAACAUCCACAUCACAACCAGACUGCAAUGUGGACAGUAGCUCAGUGAGCAGUGGGUAUGGUACCUUUUGUGUCUCCGAAUUAAAUGCCUACAAAUCUAAGGACCCUCUGGAGUUCAUGGAGCACACAGAGGUUUCUGAGGGACAGUUUGGAGCAUCUUUGGGGCAGAUGGAGUCACUUGCAGAGGGUGUAAAAAACAAGAAUUUUCGUAUACAUACCACUGAAGAGUUUUGUGCAUCUUUAAAAGAAGAUAUUUCCAUUUUUCCUGGUGAAUUUGAACACAAUUUUCUUGGUGAAAAUAAGGUUUCAGAAGUAUACAGUGGCAAAACGAAUAGUAAGUCUGUAACAUCAUGGGCACAAAAGCUGAAGCAGAACCAACCAAAGAGAGCACUUACAGAGGAGGGGUGUUCAAAAUCUAUGCAAGGAAAUGAACAAGCCAAGAAAUCACCAGUUGAGAAACCUAAUUUCACUGCUGCUAAGCACCCUCAUGCUUUUUACCUCAAUAAACCAGAUGAGAGUCCAAAUUCUUGGAUGUCUGAUUCAGGAACAGGACUGACUUACUGGAAGCUGGAGGAGAAGGACAUGUAUCACUCUUUGCCUGAGACUUUAGAGAAGGCAUUUGCACCGUCCUCUGGAGAUAGGUCACCAGGCCAGUCUAAUACUAGUAAUGAGAUGAAGCUACCAUCACUGAAGGAUAUUUAUCAUAAAAAACAAAGGGAAAACAAGCAGUUACCUGAGAGGAAUCUCACUUCUGCUUCCAACCCAAAUCAUCCACCAGAGGUACUGACUCUGGAUCCAACGUUACACAUGAAGCCAAAUCAGAUUUCAGGAAUUCAGCCGCAAGGCUUUUUGAAUGCCCUUGAUGACAGAAUGUCCUUUUCACCAGACUCUGUUCUAGACCCCAGUAUGUCUAGUCACUCUGACAUAGACUCAUUUUCACAAGCAAGUAAUAUCGCUUCUCAGUCAUCUGGAUUCCCCAAAUAUCCUUCAAACACAAAAGCUUCACCAGUGGACUCUUGGAAAAAUCAUGGCUUCCCAAACGAAAGUAGGAGCAGUUCCACGUUUCCUUCGGUGGCUACUACUGCUAGUAAUGACAUCUCGGUCAACACUGUAGAUGAAGAAAACACGGUCGUGGUAACUUCAGCCUCAGCCAGUCAGUCCCAGCUUCCAGGGACAGCCAGCAGUGUCCCAGAAUGCAUUUCACUGACUCCUCUGGAAGAUCCUGUAAUACUGUCAAAGAUUCGGCAGAACCUGAAGGAGAAGCACGCUCGACACGUAGCCGAUCUUCGAGCUUAUUAUGAGUCAGAAAUAAAUAGUUUGAAACAGAAACUGGAGGCAAAGGAGAUUUCUGCAGUUGAAGAUUGGAAGAAAACCAAUCAAAUUCUUGUAGACAGAUGUGGCCAAUUAGAUAGUGCUCUAAAUGAAGCAACUAGUCGUGUGAGAACACUUGAAAAUAAGAAUAACUUGCUGGAAAUAGAAGUUAGUGAUUUUAGAGAACGCUUCAAUGCAGCCAGCAGUGCUUCCAAAAUUUUGCAGGAACGGAUUGAGGAAAUGAGAACAAGUAACAAAGAAAAAGACAAUACCAUCAUUCGACUAAAAUCUCGACUGCAGGAUUUAGAAGAAGCAUUUGAGAAUGCUUACAAACUCUCAGAUGAUAAGGAAGCAAGACUGAAACAAGAAAACAAAAUGUUUCAAGAUCUCUUAGGAGAGUAUGAGUCCCUUGGAAAAGAACACGAAAGAGUAAAGGAUACAUUAAAUACAACCGAGAACAAAUUGCUUGAUGCACAUACUCAGAUUUCUGAUUUGAAAAGAACAAUUUCAAAACUUGAAGCUCAGGUCAAGCAAGUAGAGCAUGAAAAUAUGUUAAGUCUUCGUCAUAAUUCUAGAACUCCUGUGAGACCCUCACGUGCCAACACGCUGGCCACCUCCGACGUCAGCAGACGCAAGUGGCUGAUACCAGGCGCGGAGUAUUCCAUCUUUACUGGCCAGCCUUUGGACACCCAGGAUAAUAGAGUGAAUAACCAGCUGGUGGAAACCUGUGUUCCCGGGUACCAUUCUCCUCCGGAAAAGGAUUCUUCAUUUGGAAGUUCACCAAGAAGCGUAUUGAUAAAGAAACAGAGAGAGAUUUCAGAUACACCAAUCAUGAAAGCUUUAAAAGAACUUGAUGAAGGAAAAAUAUUGAAAAGUUGGGGCACACAGACAGAGAAAGAGGACACCUCAAAUAAAUUAGUGAAUCCUCGGCAAACCGAAACGUCUGUCAGUGCAAGUCGGUCCCCAGAGAAAUGUGCCCAACAAAGACAGAAGAGGUUUAACUCUGCUUCACAGAGAUCCUCGUCUUUACCACCUUCGACUCGUAAAUCAAGUACUCCAACAAAAAGAGAGAUUAUGUUAACACCAGUGACUGUGGCUUAUAGUCCAAAGCGAUCCCCUAAAGAAAAUUUGUCCCCGGGAUUCAGUCAUCUACUUAGCAGAAAUGAAAGCAGUCCAGCUCGAUUUGAUAUACUUUUGGAUGAUUUAGAUACUGUUCCUGUGUCUGCGUUACAACGUACCAAUCCAAGAAAACAACUCCAGUUUCUUCCUCUAGAUGACUCGGAAGAAAAAAAAUAUUCAGAAACAGCCACCGACAUCCAUGUUAAUCAUAGCUCUUCUCCCGAACUGUUGCCAAACGGAGUGAAGAAAGUGUCUGUGAGAUCAGCCUGGGAGAAGAAUAAAUCAGUUAGCUAUGAACAGUGUAAGCCCACGUCAGUAGCACCACAUGGUAAUGAUUUUGAGUAUACAGCAAAAAUUAGGACCCUAGCUGAAACGGAACGGUUUUUUGAUGAACUUACAAAAGAAAAAGACCAGAUUGAGGCAGCGCUAAGUCGAAUGCCUUCUACUGGAGGACGAAUCACUUUGCAGACAAGAUUAAAUCAGGAAGCCUUGGAAGAUCGUUUGGAAAGGAUUAAUCGAGAACUGGGUUCAGUUCGAAUGACAUUAAAGAAAUUUCAUGUUUUGCGCACCUCUGCAAAUCUCUGAGAUUUGUAGCCAUUAAAUUUUGAGACAUUUUUGUUUGCACUAAUGUAUAAUUAUGCACUCAGAAAAGGCGAACUAUUUUGUACUGUUUAUAAGCCUUCAAAUAGUAGUUUUACAAUCAUGCUAUUCUUUACACUUGCUAUUUUAUACUUCAAAUGGCCACAUAUUUUCAAGAUAUUUUUGUUAUGCUCAGGAAUCUCUUGUAUAUUUUACUAUUUAAAAAGUCUUAUUUUUAAAUAGUAUAAGUCUCCAGUUUAUAUCAAUAGUAAGGAAAUGUAAACAGUGGAGGCAGCUUGUUUCUAAACAAAUAGUGUUAUCCUUUUACAAUGAACUUUGCACACUAAUUUUAUAUACUUGUUCUACAUUGUGAAUAUGAUUCUUUUUUUUUUUUAAUAAAUGCUUAAGAACAGCUUCCAUAA